AGCGGACGGCGGUGGUGUUCAGGCACAAUGGCCUCGUCUCUCCGCUGGGGAACAACAACUCCGGGGCUUCGAGCAUCGUCUCACCGGACGGCUGCUGUGGAGGUGGAGGAGGUGGUGGAGGAGGUGGAGGAGGAGCAGGAGCAGGGAUGGACGGCCUGCUGGAUUUCUCCAAAGGCCCCACCGUGAAAACCGAGCUGGUCUGUAAAUGGAUCGACCGAACUUGUUCUCGCCGGACGGCCACAUCCGUCUGCCAGCAAACUUUCAUCUCCAUGCAGGAGCUGGUGGACCACGUCACCACCGAGCACGUCGCCGCCGGGGUCGAGUCCCUCAGCCAUGUGUGCAUGUGGGACGAGUGUCUGCGGGCAGGGAAGGCGUUCAAAGCCAAGUACAAACUCAUUAACCACAUUCGGGUGCACACCGGGGAGAAGCCGUUCUCAUGCGCAUUCCCCAACUGCGGCAAGAUGUUCGCUCGAUCCGAGAACCUGAAGAUCCACACCCGCACCCACACCGGUGAGAAGCCAUUCCAGUGUGAGUUCUGUGAGCGACGCUUCGCCAAUAGCAGCGACCGGAAGAAGCACUCACAGGUCCAUACGGCCUCAAAGCCAUACGACUGCAAGGCCCUGGGCUGCACCAAGUCCUACACCCACCCCAGCUCCCUGCGCAAACACAUGAAGGUUCACGUCAAGUCGUCACCUACCUCGGAACCCCAGGACGUGUACGACUCCAUCCCUCAUCAACUCCAACAACCUCAUCAGGCUCUCCUCGAGCCCCUCGACCUUAAAAUUAACCGCCUUUCUCCAUCACUUGCCAAUAGAAACACUCAUUUUCCUCAUCUGUCCAAUCAUGCAUUGGAUAUCAGCUCAGCCAGCGAAGUUGACCACAAGCUCCUUCUGCGGAGUUCAUCUCCAAUGGCGAUGCCUCUGGAUCUCUCUCUGUCAGGCCUGAAGAGUCAGCUGGCUCAGAGGCAGCAGAGUUGUAGGACCCGGCGGAGGAGCCAGCGCUCAGUCAACCCAGCCUUACCUCAGUUGUCUAACAUUAAGGAGUGGUAUGUCUGUACCAGGAGUACAGCACCGCACUUUCCUCUACUUCACCCAGACCACAUCAAAUCAGAACCUAGUGAUGAGGAGUAUGUAACGUAGGAUGGAGGGACUGGUGAAUUUGGACUUGAAGAACAUAUAUUGUCAAACCCAGUUAAGGCCAGGGAUCCUCUGUGGAAUCAUAGUUGCUGUACAUUUCCAGAACCAGCAGAGUUAUGGUUCAACAUCAGUGGCCCUUCUGAGAAGGAGAAGGCUGUGAUCAGAUGGAGACUUUUUUACUGUCUUUAAUAGAAUCAUCAGUAUCUGUGGACCUAAAGUCAGUGGCUCAAAUGUUGCCAGAAGAGACCAGAGGAAUUCCAUCAUAAUGGUUUGAAAAAAAAUCAGCGUCUGCUAGCUAACCUGGACUAACAAAGGGGAUAACGUUGUAUAAAUGGACCAGGGGAUGUUGGGUUCUGUUCUGCUUGCUGUUAAAAGAAAAUGAAGAGGGUGUUGUGUGUAUAUGAUGACCUCUCUAGGGAGACAGAUUAUUGACCAGUUUAUCUAAGAGCUCCACCUAGAUGAAGCAAUUUCAAGGGCUACAUUGACACUGAUGGAAAGUGGUUAAUGUUAACCUGAGCUCAUGAUGGCACUGGACACAAGGUAGCACAGCAGGUUCACAACAGCAGGCACACGGUGUGGACCAGAGUGUGUACCUGUUAUGGCCUCAGUAUGUUAUCAACAAACUAGCUUGUACAAUGUCAGAUAGUAACAACAUUUUUUUGGAAGCAGCUGAUUCUGCUGUAGAAAAAAGGGUUCCAGAUGUUUUUAGGUGAUCCAACAAGCACUUUGUUUGAGGCAAACUGAGGCCUUUACUAACACACAGUUGGUAGUAACUUGACAGUUGGGCUGAUCAUCAAGUGUCUCCUUAUCCUCUUCAACCCUAUGGACCUCUCUCAUUGGGUUAGUCACCUGUAUCUGUUUACACUCUGUGCAAUUUAGUCAAGACCCCACCCAGUGUCCAAAAUGACCGUAUAUAUCAUACACAUAUUCCUUUAACAUGAAACUGUAUUCAAUGAUGCACAAGGCAUCCGGUAUUUUCCCUUUGAUCAAAUGGUACUGCCAAAAAAUGGGGAUUUGAAAAUUGACUCAAUGUAAGCAUCAAUGAAUCUAAAAAAAAGCAGAAUGUAUUAUGUACAAAAUGUUUAAUCUCUGUUUGAAGUUACUUCAAUGAGAACAUUUAAGGGGAUAAUAAGUGACUUAUACCAAUGUACAUUAUCCAUCCACAAGUAGCUCCUUUCAAACUGGAUUUGAACCUGGGAUGUAAGAAAACCUACCUGAAGCAGAUUGUUUAAAGUACAAUGACUCAGGAUUAAAAUGCUAUUUUAAAUGAAAAUAGGUCUUAAAAACUGGGUAUAACUGAAAGAGAGCACACCUGAAAUGUCUCUAAUAAUCCCUCAUUGCACACACCUGGCACAACUACAGUAAGUACAGUAGGUCAAAGUGAUGGGUGUUCACAAGGGAUAGUUUGGGAAAUGAUUUUAAAGUUCAUCUUUGUUUUCUCCUCCAAGCAAGUUUGGCUAACAAGGUGUGUGUUUAAAACCUUUUUACUCUUCUUUUUCCCUGGCUAAUAAGAUGUACAUUAUUAUAACUGACAGAAACUAUGUUCAAAACUGCAACUAACACCCAAGUUGAAUGGAACCGGAAUUUCACUUAAAACAGUAUGAGUGAUUUGAAAACUGUUAGUCUCAAUUUCAUUCAGGUUAACUAACGACAAAGCUAUUGAGUAAGUAAUCAAUCUGCAAGGUGAGAGUGGAGACGGUACAUGUGGGAUUAUAAGUGCAGAACAGAACUUUACAGACCAACCAAUAAUCUCCGUAUAUGAGCAAGCAACUACUCAACCCAGAUAAUGAAGGUUGUAUUAUUAUUAACACAUGGCGGCACAUCAGCACAGCCGCACCUCACUACAAGAAGCUCACAGAUUUCCCACAGUCCAAACACAGCCUUCAGGUUGGAUUAAUUGGAAACUCUGAAGAACCUGUAGGGGUAAAUGUGAGUGUGAAUGGUUGUCUGUCCAUGUGUGUCCUUCGCUAGACUGGUAACCCGAACAGGUGAACCAUGCCUCUCACACAAUUUGAGUUGUGAUAGGCUCCAGCUCUCUGUGAUCCUGCUCAGUAAGAGCAGGCAUGGAUACAGAUGGAUGGAUGCCCCUGGCAUGCAAGCACAAACUAAGGAACAAGAAUAAAAUCCAUUGCAUUUGAUCUGGAAGUGAAUUGUCAUCAAGUCAGAUGCUGCCUUCUAAAUAAGGUACUUACUAACUAAGGUAAGAACCCUCUCAUGAUAUCAAGUGCUCAGAAUCUCUCAGCUUAUACAUACUAGUAUUUCUAAACUUACCCAAAUCAGGUUGUUGCUUUCAAAUCUUUUGAGUACAAAUCUGUCCCCAGAUUGGUUAAAUUCGUCUCCUACAUAAUCAUUUCAGCUCAUGAAAGAGCAGACAUAUCAGAUUUAAUGAUCACUGAAUAGCACAUAUUUUUGUUCCUUUUCUGCAGUCUGUCCACAAGGCUCAUCAAGCUUAAAGAGAACAAGGCUUAAGUUAUGAGUAAUGUGUGAGGCCAAAAGAUUUGUUGCAAAAUCUGACCACAGAACAGCUGAAAUUCAUACGUUGUGUGCCAGUGUCACUGGGCACCAGCAGAGCAUAAAAGCUCAUUCUUGACCGUGGAAAUAUUAUCCAACAAUUAUCUGUUACUGGUCCCGUUCUGGGAAGUUGAGAGUCCCUAAUUAACCGACAUGGCUGUAGACCGAGGGAGGAAGCUGGUUAAAACUCAUGCAAACUCCACACAGAGGGCUCACUCUUACUGUGAGGUGAC